ACUGAAAUACCAUCAUACUCGAGAAAGUGGGUAGUGCUCAAGGUUCUAUCCCUUAGAUACCUAAUCAAUUAAUGUACAUCUACGAUAUAUGCAUACCAACAAUUUGGUAUUUGGACAUUGAAGGGUCCAUCGUCAUCCGUCAUCCACCACUACCAGGUACCGAACAAACAAUCCCUCUACACGUCGUGGGUAACACUGCAAUCUUCUUACUACCCAAGGAACCGACUUAACACCUAAGGAACCUACUAAAACCACCCGAUUGCGCCUUCGCCUUUGCCUUACCGACUUAACAAAGAGACAAGGUCGAGGCUGUCAUACGUUCAGCUUUCACUUCCACUUCCAUUUGAACCUACACAACACCCAACACCUAUCGCCCAACAUAAUACAACCUGCAUAGCCUAAUGCUUCCGACUAUCACCGCCUCAUAGAUAUUUGAGCAUCACAUCCGCUUCUAUACCGGGCUGCUCGUUCCCCGCACCCGUUAAUACGAAAAUCCCAUGGUCUAAACCUGAGGAGGAAGCCCUCUGGGCAAGACUUUUAAGCUUUUGAUAUUUGAUUAGAACCGUUAUUCAUCGACCGUUAUCUUGAAUCGAGAGCCGAUCGGUAAUUCACCCAUCAUGGCGGAUUGGCUGCCCGAUCUAGCCGCCGAAUUCCCCAAUACCAUCGAGCGACGACGGCAAUCCUCGGCCAGACCCGAUACGAUGUCCGAACAUUCUACAUCUGGGAUCAAGCCUUUCGGCAACGACGCCUCCGUCGAUCCCGACACUUGUCGAAUAUGUAGAGGAGAGGGUACCCCGGAAGAGCCUCUCUUCUACCCGUGUAAAUGCAGUGGUAGCAUUAAAUAUGUUCACCAAGAUUGCUUGAUGGAAUGGUUAUCGCACUCUCAAAAGAAACAUUGCGAGCUAUGCAAGACGCCUUUCCGCUUUACUAAACUAUACUCUCCAGACAUGCCGAAGCGGUUGCCCUUCUACAUUUUCGUCACCCACAUGGCCCGAUAUCUAGUCCGCAAUAUCCUCGUCUGGUUGAGGGCCAUCUUGGUCAUUAGUGUAUGGCUAGGCUGGCUUCCCUAUCUCAUGCGCUCCGUCUGGUCAUUCUUGUUCUGGCUUAGCGAUGAAGGAUUUGGUCCCGGCCCGCCUGUAAUUGACAGUAGAAAUGGCACUUCUAUAGGUCGGGAUGACCUGUCCUCCUUUUCUAUCACGUACACAACUACCUGCGCCUCUUCUCCCUUAUUCGCUGCUACGACUACUGCCGCGAGCGUUGGAGGCGUAAUUGAGCAGAUUCCCGUGUCUACACUGCUGAAAAGCAUAUCAAAGCCAUUGGUUACUAACCCCUCAUCGUGGCUUGCGAUGUUACUGGGCUUGACUCCCGUCAUUGAAAAAUCAAGUUCGGGUGUCAAGGAGCUUCUUAAUGUCACCGCUGUCGAUCACGUCGCAACCUUGCCUCCUGUUAGUUACCCGUCCUCUUUAUUGAGUGACAUUUCUAUCUUGAAGAACUUCACACGACAUCCGGCUAUCAACCGGGUCAUCAUCGCCGUCCUCGAGGGCCAGAUCAUUACCUUGCUUGUUAUUGUAUGUUUCAUCCUGAUCAUCUUGGUUAGGGACUAUGUGGUGCAGCAGCAACCGGAGAUAAACAUGCGCGCUGCUUUUGCCGCAGGAGAAAACGAAGCUCCUCCUCCUCCGGUUGGCCCUAUGAACAAUCCUAUGGCACGCAAUGUGGAUCUUGAAGACGACGACGAUUUGGAUUCUGAUGAUGAUUCCAUCCAUCUUGGCGGUGACCUGAUAAUGGCCUAUGACGAGCAGGAAGGUGCAAACCAAGGAGAACGUGCUCGCGAUAUGAUAGGUCUACACAAUCCCCGUCCGAGACCUAUUGCGGGGUUCCGACGGCGAGCUACACGACCCGACGCUGACACUGGACGGGAAGAUCGCGGCAUUAUCACUAGAACUUUCACUUUUGACUCCGAAAUUGCGGAGCGGGAUGAAGAACCCGAGGCUGGUCCGUCGCAACAUGUUUUUGUUGAUCGGUCCGCCCUAGACCGAUUCGAAGGAACUACCGACGUAGAAGAUAAUGAUCAUGCAUCUCAAAGUACUGUGAAGGAAUAUCUGCGAAUAUAUCGAGAGGCCGGCGGUGACCAGGAAAAGAUUCUCCAAAUCAUUCGAGAUGAAGGAUUAGAGGAUCGUAUGCGAUAUUGGAUUCGCGUGACACAAUCGAUGGCUACCGCCGGAAAAGCCUCCGAUGAGAGCAGUCCGGAUUCCGGAAGCGGGGUUAGGGGUUCGGCAGUCUCCCAACGCGAACGCCACCCGAGCAGCUCUCCGGAUAGAUCUAGGUCUCCCAGACCAGAGAGGACCGGUAGCGACACGUCAAGCUGGACAUGGGCCGAAACUGACGACGGGGAAACUGCGGCGAGCCAAGGUUCUAAUAAUAAGGGUAAAAAUAAAGCCACACAAGCUUCUGUGACUGAGGCUGAUUCUUGGACGUCUUGGGGAGGUGAGUUCGGCGAAGCUAAUCCGUAUUCACCCAAUAACAACGAUAAUACCGCUAGCGGCGUGCCAUCUUCCCACGUACCAGCUUUAACAAGAGCUCGAGCUGCUUCGGAUGGACCACGAUCUCCAAAGAGGAUAAAUCCUCUUGCGAAUAACAACUGGUCUUUCUCUGACCUACCCUCCAGCCCCCAUGACGUUCUCCAUGAAGGAACUUCUAUGUUACCAGGCCCAACUCUGGCUAUAUCUGCUUUUAAUUCUACAUCGGCCACAGUGGAUUCCCACGAAGACAUCGAUGAUAUUCAGUUGUUGGAACCAAGGGCGUUCGAUAGGGAUGAGCAGCACGCCAGCCAGACUGAGUCGCAUUUGCAAAUGAGUUUGGGUAUGCAGCUGGAUUCCGAAGACAGAUUAGCCGCUGAGUAUGAUUUGCUCGGUCCGGCCGAGGAUGGCCCGAUCGAAAACCCCAUCAAUAUGAUCGACCAAGUUCACGAUGCGGAGCCCACCGUCGUUGUAGCGCGACAAGCUGGUGGUAUUGUAGAUCGGGUAGCUGAUUUCAUGUGGGGAGACGUCGAAGUCGGCCCCCACGACGACAUUGAGCCCGAGGACGCCGUCGAUAUAUUCGGCGAUAAUCAGAAUGCCCAAUUCUUCGAUAACGACCCCGUACUCGGGAGGGAAGAAGACGAGGCUGAGAUGGCACCCGAUGUUGUUGAAGCUGCUGUCGCUGCUGGCCUUGAUCCGGAGGCUGUCGAAGAUGCUGAAGAUUUCGAAGGCAUUAUGGAGUUAAUCGGCAUGCGCGGGCCAAUCGCAGGCUUGUUCCAGAACGCCAUAUUUUGCGCAUUCCUCGUCUCAAUCUCCAUCUUCCUCUGCAUCUUCAUACCUUACAACGUUGGCCGCGUAUCUGUAUGGAUCAUGGCGAAUCCAGCUCGCUUGCUCCGAAUAGUCUUUAGCGUGUCUAAAUUCGUCCAAGAUGCUGCUCUACUAGUCGUUGGCUACACAUCUACUCUUACGUUUAGUCUGUUUGAGGCGUUUAGGUUAUUAUUCAAAAUUGAGCACGGGAAACAUCUAAUGCAUACGUUAAGAAUCGAUACUAGGCGUGUUGCCCUCGGGGCCCUUGACCGGAUCCUGGCUAGUUUUAUGUCUGAGAUGCCACUCAUUUCCGUUAGUGAGAUGCGCAACUUUUCGGCCCUCAGCCACGAAGCUCUUCUCAUGGUAAAAAGUGAUAUCCGAUACGCUUUUUCGUCUCUUGGAAAUCUCACUCUUUACGUUUUUGGUGGCGACUAUUUAGCUAAAUGGGCCGUUGUUCAAUCAUGGAUCUCCGUCUUUGGACCGGAACUUCUUGGAUUCUUGAAAUCCAUCCCCGGCAUCGCCGUUCAACCCGGAUCAUGGAUGCUGAAUCUCAAUCUCCCCGAGUCACCCCUUUCUGCGAACCCUGGGCUCGCUCAUUGGGACGCAAAUGAUAGAACCUGGGCUAUCCUCCUAGGAUAUGUUUCUCUGUCGAUCCUUGCGGGGCUUUACCUCGCCAGAGGAACACCAUUUUCUUCGGGACAAACAGCCCAGGAAUGGGAAGCCUCAAUUAUCGAUGCAUUAAAUCAGGCCAGCGGCGUUAUGAAAGUAAUAUUAAUUAUCAGUAUAGAAAUGCUCAUAUUUCCUUUGUAUUGCGGCCUGUUGUUGGAUUUUGCGCUACUUCCUCUCUUCGAGGGGACGACCGUCAAGUCUAGGCUACUGUUCACCUACAACUACCCGCUUACGUCUAUAUUUGUGCAUUGGUUCGUCGGCACGGGAUACAUGUUUCAUUUUGCAUUGUUCGUCUCCAUGUGUCGUAAGAUUAUGAGGAAAGGUGUGCUGUAUUUCAUCCGGGAUCCUGACGAUCCCGAGUUCCACCCAGUGCGCGAUGUCCUCGAACGAAACGUCACUACACAACUUCGAAAGAUAUUGUUCUCGGCGUUCGUCUAUGGAGCACUCGUCGUCAUCUGUCUUGGGGGCGUCGUUUGGGGCUUGUCCCUAGCGCUCCCCAACGUCCUUCCGAUCCAUUACUCGUCUAAUGAGCCCGUACUAGAGUUUCCUAUCGACCUUCUCUUCUACAACUUCUUGAUGCCCCUCGCUGUCAGAUUUUUCAAGCCGAGCGACGGCCUACACGCCAUGUAUACGUGGUGGUUCCGUAAGUGCGCGAGGGGGCUGCGAUUGACAUGGUUCCUCUUCGGAGAGAGACGUGUCGAUGAAGAGGGUACGUUAACACUAACCCGAGACUCGCCUUAUCAAAAUCUUCCUUGGUGGUGCACAGUCUUCCUCGAAGUUAGCAAAGAGGAUGAAGUCGCUCCGAAGACGUGGCAAGACACGUUCAAGGGAGGCAAAGCGAAGCCCUCCUCAAAGAUCCCGGCGGACGAGAUGAUUCUUCAAGAUGCCAAGAAAAAGAAGCUUGUCGAGUCCCGGCAGCUCAUCCCCGAUGGCCGCUUCGUGCGAUCGCCAGCGUCCGACCAGGUUAAGAUUCCCAAAGGCCAGACGGUAUUCCUUGACGUGUCGGAACAAGACAUCAGACAAGAUGGAAGGCUAGAUCGGCCGGAUUCGGACCUGUACUCGGGCAUUCAUUACCAGCUCGUCUAUAUCCCACCUUGGUUUCGACUACGCAUCUUUUUGUUUAUCCUCUUCAUAUGGAUAUUCGCGGCUGUCACGGGUGUCGGCUUCACGAUCGUGCCGCUGGUUUUUGGCCGCCGCAUGUUCAAUGUUCUUAUCCCCUCCCACAUACGGACCAACGAUAUAUAUGCGUUCAGCAUCGGCGUCUACAUCCUCGGCUCUCUAGGCUACUUCGUCUUCCAUCUACAAUCAAUGCUCAGUAAGCUGAGAGCUUGGACUACGUCUGCGGCGGAUUCCAUGGUGGACCGUCACGCAAUUCAACGUGCCCUCCAAUUUACAUCAUACACAUGUCGGCUUCUGUACACUUACGUAGUUCUACUUGUCGUGUUUCCCCUGCUCAUUACACUCCUAGUAGAGCUUUACCUACUCAUGCCGCUACAUACGUACAUGUACCCCGCCGGAAUAGAUACCACACGACGACUCGACGGCUUGCGAGAAGGCCACACUAUCCGGGUCAUACAAGCUUGGACUUUGGGCAUCCUCUACCUCAAACUCGGCUCCCGAGCACUGACACUAUAUGGCGGUAGACCUGCCUAUGCCGUGCGGGCCGUCCUCCGCCGCGGAUGGCUGGAUCCGGACAUCGGCAUCCUGACGCGCGCAUUCGUUAUUCCCGGGGUCGUAGCGUCGCUACUCAUGAUCGCCGUGCCGCCGAUAGCAGCCCGGAUAGUCCUCGAGCGUGUGCUAGACAUCGAAGAGGGGAUGACUCGCGAAAUGCGGGUCCUGACGUUCCGGCUCGCGUACCCGUUCAUGGCAGUCUUCUGGAUAGGACUUCUCAUGACGCGGAACAUGCUCCGCGUGUUCGAGGGCUGGCAGGUUCGCAUCAGAGACGAGGCGUACCUUAUGGGGGAACGUCUCCACAAUUUUGGCGGCACGGCUUCGAAGGUGUCGGGUUGGAAGGACAAGUUGGGUGUCGUUACCCAUGUGUAAAGUGACGUAACUUUACGUACGAAAGUAAAUCGAGUUUAAUAGACACAAGUGUAUAUUGUCACAGCUCUUGCCUUUUUUUUGUGAAUGUGUAAAGUAGAUGAGCCUUUUUCUCGCCGUUAUUUCUCAGCGGCGUCGGCAAUUAGGAAAUACUUGGACGACCCGAAGAAUUUAUGGAGCCUCGCAAACCUCUGUCUCAGGAAGCUGUGAUUUUUAGCCUAAGCAACAGUACCCAAGUAAGCAGGUGGAUCAAACUCCUGUUCAGAUAUUCCUCUCAGAAAUAAGCCGGCCCCCUU